AUGAAAAUCUUAGACGACAUCACACUGUGUGUACUAUUCCAACUGGUCUGCUACCUCAACGAUGUGCACUCGAGUUUCGAGGACUCCAUCCAGGAAAUGGACGAUACCCUUGAGCUAGACGAUUCCGGAUCAGAACAGAAAGAACUUAAGCAUUCUCAUCAUCACCACCACCUACGACUUGGACAUCACCACAGGAAGGGACAUUCACAUGAAGAUAACAAUGACGAUUAUGAUGACUGCGACUGCUCUUGCAGUAAGUGUGACGCGCCCUCUGAAUGCUGUAAGAACGUGUGUAAGAGCUGCGCCAGCAACAUCUACCAGCAGCAAGCGAGUGCACUGAGUGGACAGAGCCAGGCCAGCGUGGUGUUCGUGCCCUACCCAUACCCUUUAAUGGUGGCUAGUCCAAUGAUGAAGAGCAUGAACCACCACACUGCAAUGCUCGCGCAUGCUCCCACUACACAAUCCACUACCACCACUGCUGCCCCAAUUACGACCACCGCUACCGCCGCAACCACCACUACUAUUUCGCCGAGCUCGAAUACUACUGGCAGCCGUUCUAACUUUGAACCAUCAAAUGCACUAUAUCUCAAAUCACAGAACAACGAAAAUGUCCUAGAUUCGGUGCUCAAGAGUGUAGUAGACGAUUAUACAAACAUUAUCGUUAAGACGCCGGAGAAGUCAAAGAGUGGCAACAACAAGUACAUGCUGACGUCACUGCGUCGCACAAAGCCCACAUGGAUGCCCAAGUUCGGGAUUGUCCCCAUCUCAGAUGAUAUGGCCGUGAAGCUAAUGUCACAACUCAGGGCUCGGUACCCCAUUCGCGCCCAGAAAAGGCCAAUGCAUGACCCAGUAUGCAGUGUCCUAUUAAUGUGUUCAAUGUUACAAGUGAGUAUUUGCAUAAGGAACUUUCAUUUCCCACAUCCAUACAUCCAUGGACUGGGGAUGUACAAUCACUACCCAUAUUAUGAGGACUACGACAGUGAGAGCAUGGUGUUGCGCUCACAUAGAAACAGGCACCAAUACCGGUACAAAGCCAACUCUGAUUUCUCAGAACCAGAAAACCACUACAAACGGGAAUGUAGGUGUAGCUGUGUCAAGUGCAGGAAACCUAAACCAAAGCCGUGCUGCAAGGACUUCUGCACCCAGCAGUGUCCUAUGCUAAACAACAUAUUUGUGGUACCGUAUCCGGUACCUUUUGUAGUCAGUCCGCUAAAUCAGUCCAUAACCGAGCAACCAACUACACAUUCAUCAUCACCGGCACCUCAGACAUCAACAACAACUUCGACGACGCCAUCGACAGAGACAAGCACCACGACGCCACCACCAGAAACUAAAUCCACAGCCGUCUUCUUUGUUAGAAAUCAGCCAAAACGCUUUCGAAUCGUAGCGGACAAGAGAAGGAGAAAUAUGGGAAACAACGACAUACGACCACCCAAGUUCAACAGACUGCCCAAGUAUGGAAUCGUGCCCAUACCUGAGAAAUUGGCGAUCAGGCUAAUGGAGCAAAUGAGGGAUGAUCAUAGGAAAAAUCCAUAUAGACGGCAGGCCAAUUUUGAUACGAACGUUUUGCAAAACUACUAG